CCGUCGCACACAUUAACCCCCCAUGCCACUCACUCAAAAUAAAUGAGGUUACGUGAGCCUAAUUUUCCCGCCUAAAUCUUGCUUUGUUGUUUGAAAGUUUCAACUCGAUUUUUCCGCAAUUAUAACGAAUAAAUCAUGGAUGUAGCCAACGUCCAAGUGGGCCAAAGACAACACGUCGAUGAGAUCGGUGUCAGGUGCCAGAAACUGUUCCAGGAUUUCUUGGAAGAAUACAAAGAAGACGGCGAAACUAAAUAUCUAGAACCGGCUAAAGAACUCCUCAACCAAGAACGCAGCACCAUUGAAGUGAGUUUCGAGGACUUGGAAAAGUACAACCAGAAUCUCGCCACGACGGUCAUCGAAGAGUACUACCGAAUAUACCCCUUCAUCUGUCAGGCCGUCUCUAAUUUCGUCAAAGACCGCAGCGACUUAAAGAAACACAAAGAAUGUUACGUCAGCUUCGUGGAUGUGCCCACAAGGCACAAAGUACGCGAAUUAAAAACAGAGAAGGUGGGGACUUUGAUUCGAAUCUCAGGACAGGUUAUCCGGACUCACCCCGUUCAUCCUGAGCUGAUUUUGGGGACUUUCGUGUGUUUGGAUUGCCAGACGGUGAUUAAAGAUGUGGAGCAGCAGUUCAAGUUUACCAAUCCGACGAUUUGCCGAAAUCCCGUGUGUAGUAACAGAAGGAGGUUUAUGCUGGAUGUGGAUAAGUCGUUGUUUAUCGAUUUCCAAAAAGUGAGGAUUCAGGAGACACAAGCCGAGUUGCCCCGGGGGUGCAUCCCAAGGUGUGUGGAGGUGAUUCUGAGGGCCGAGAAUGUUGAAAGUGUGCAGGCCGGCGACCGCUACGACUUCACGGGCACCCUCAUCGUGGUCCCCGACGUGGGGGCCCUCAGUCUCCCGGGGGCGCAAGCCCAGAUCAGCUCCCGGCACAAAGCCGGCGACGAAGCCGAAGGAGUCCGCGGUCUGAAAGCCCUCGGCGUGCGCGACCUCCAUUACCGCAUGGCCUUCUUGGCCUGCAGCGUCCAGCCCACGAACCCCAAAUUCGGGGGCAUCGAGCUGCCUCUGAACGAGAUCACCCCCGAGCUCAUGCGCCAGCAAAUGACCGAGGGCGAGUGGAAUCACAUGUACGAGAUGAGCCACGACAGGAACCUGUACGUGAACCUCAUCAACAGCCUCUUCCCCAGCAUCCACGGGAACGAAGAAGUGAAGAAGGGGAUUCUGCUGAUGUUGUUCGGGGGGGUCUCCAAGACCACGGUGGAGGGGACCGCGCUCAGGGGGGACAUCAAUUGUUGCAUCGUGGGGGAUCCAAGCACGGCGAAGAGUCAGUUUUUGAAACAGGUUUCAGAGUUUUCACCUAGGGCGGUGUACACGUCGGGGAAGGCGUCGUCGGCGGCGGGCUUGACGGCGGCGGUGGUGAGGGACGAGGAGUCGUCUGAUUUCGUGAUCGAGGCGGGGGCGUUGAUGUUGGCGGAUAAUGGGGUCUGUUGCAUAGACGAAUUCGACAAAAUGGACCCCCGCGACCAAGUGGCCAUCCACGAAGCCAUGGAACAGCAAACCAUCUCCAUAGCCAAAGCCGGCGUCCGCGCCACCCUCAACGCCCGCACCUCCAUCCUGGCGGCGGCCAACCCCAUCGGGGGCCGCUACGACCGCGCCAAAUCCCUCCAGCAGAACAUCGCCCUCUCGGCCCCCAUCAUGUCCCGUUUCGAUCUCUUCUUCAUCCUCGUCGACGAGUGCAACGAAGUCAUCGAUUACGCAAUCGCUCGAAAAAUCGUCGAUUUGCACAGCAACGUCGAAGAGUCAAUCGAUAGGGUGUACUCGAAAGAAGAAGUUCUUCAGUAUAUAUCGUUCGUGAGAAGAUUCAAGCCUGUGAUUAAUCCAGAGGCGGCGGAAUUGUUAGUCCGACACUACAAUCACCUCAGGCUGAGAGACACAGCAACCAGUGGAAAAUCCACCUGGAGGAUCACCGUUCGUCAGCUCGAAAGCAUGAUUCGACUGGCCGAAGCCAUGGCGAAGAUGGAAAUUUCGGACGAAGUGCUGCCAAAACACGUCAAGGAAGCGUACAGGUUGUUGAAUAAGUCUAUCAUCAGAGUGGAACAGCCGGAUAUACACUUGGACGAUGAUGGAAACGAAAAUUUGAUCGACGACGAGGAAAUGCCAGCGGAAGAGAUUCCUCAGCAAGCCGCGAAGAAGAAGUUGCAGUUGAGUUUUGAGGAUUAUAAAAUUUUGAGUAAUAAGAUUGUGGUACAUAUGAGGAGGGAGGAGGAGAGGAGGGAUGAAGAGAAUCAGGAGGGUAUAAAGAGGAACGAUUUGGUGGAGUGGUACUUGAAUAUGAUUUCGGAUGACGUGGAGAGUGAGGAGGAGUUAGUGGAGAAGAAGGAGCUGAUUGAUAAAGUCAUCGACAGGUUGAUUUAUCACGAUCAAGUUAUUAUUCCGCUGACGAGGACGGGAUUAGGGAGGGAUCAAGAAGAGGACGAGAAUCCGCUGCUUGUGGUGCACCCGAAUUAUAUCAUUGAUUGAUUGGUUUUAUAUUUAAGUUUUUUGUUGUAAUGUUGAUGUAUGUAAUAAACAUAUUUGCAUAUU